AUGGGGCUUCCAAUGUUCCGCGAACCCGAACCUGUAUAUGGAAGCGGGAUCGCCGAGACGGGCCCAACCCAAGCGGACACCAAUACAGGAGACGUGCGGGGAGAACACACUUCAGGAGGUGACCGGCAACAACACCCUGAGGCCACCAGAGACGACAACGAAGUGAGUGACGCAACGGAAGAUGGAGCCGAAGCCAGAAGACUCCACGAAACCAUGAUGGAUCUUGGCUUUCAUACGCUGGGAUCAAUCGAAGACAUGAUCAGUGAAUAUCAACGCUCCCUCACCACAGGCCGAGACAGCUGGCCCGAAGUGGAUGAAUUUGUGACAAGAGCCUCUAAGAGACUCUUGGAGUUGUUACGAAUACAUCGCGAAUUCGCGCCAGAGCAUCCGAGCGGUGAUUGGGAGGUUACCUGGAUGGAGGCAAUUCGGAUGGUCUUGAGCGCGCAAGAUCCGCGUGGUGAAGAUGGACAAUGA